AUGCGCCAAAGAAAGGCCGCGCGGCGAUUUGGGCCAGUCUUCGUGGCAGCCACUCUCGUCCUCGUCACUUACGUUCUCUUCUACCCACAAGGAUAUUCGUCCACGGCGGUGUCCUUUGACUGGAAACAGAAGACUGGCCUUCCGGCGAAAUCGGCAUCUGACUUUGAAAACCUCCAUCUGAACGAGGAACAAUGCCAGGCGACGUUUCCUGGCCUGACGAAGGAGAUUGACCUCGCCGCGGCAGAGGGAGAUUUCCAGCUUGGACUUGGCGAUGCUUCCGUCUCGCUGCUGGGGCAGAUCAAGGACAAUAGGAUACUGAUACUGCAGGCGCCGAGACCUGUAGACAUGUCAGAUCAAUGGAUCGAGCGACAAAGUGCCGCCCUCCACCAGCUGCACCGCGCCAUCCUCACCUCGCCAACCCCUCUACCAGACACCUACUUCAACCUUUACAUCCAAGACACACCCAUCAAACACACCUGGUCCCAUAGCCGUCCGGCGUGGACUUCCUCCUCCUCCUCCUCCUCCUCCUCCUCCUCCUCCUCCUCCUCCUCCUCCUCCUCCUCCUCCUCCUCCUCGCCCCCACCAUCAUCGUCGUCGUCGUCGUCAAGACACAUCUUCCCCAUCCCCCACUUCUCCUUCUGGGCAUGGACCCAGCCCUUCAUCCGCUCCCUCCCCCACGCAGCCACUGCCAUCACCGAGAUCGAAGCCAGCCUACCGUUCGAAAAGAAGGACGCCCGGGCCGUGUGGCGCGGCACAUCGUGGUUCAACAACGGCGCGAGCGCGAACCCGCGAUCCCGACAGGAUCUCAUCCAACUUACAAAGAACGCGGGAUGGGCCGACGUGCAGGCGCUCGAGUGGACGAACAACGGGGAGAACGCGACGAACGCGCUGGCGAUUGAGGAUUUUUGCAGGUACAAGUACAUCAUCCACACCGGGGGCGUGUCGUACUCCGGAAGGCUGCAGUUUCAUCAGCUCUGCGAGAGCGUGGUGUUGAGUCCGCCGUUGGAGUGGAUGCAGCAUACGACGCAUCUGGUCGAGCCGGUGUACUCGAGCACCCUACUUCAAGGCAAGCCAGAGUCUGAGACUGCUUCCCAAGCCAAGCCCCGAGACGGACAAAAUCAACGUCAACCUUUACCGAGAACACUCGAGCAGUGGCCGAUGACGCUCCGCCCAGAGGACGCCAACAUGGUCUUUGUCAAGCCGGACUGGUCGGACCUGGAGGCGACGGUCCGCUGGUUGGAGGAGCACACGGAUGUGUCGCAAGGGAUUGCGAGACGGCAGCGGGCAUUAUUCUCUGGUCGGGGGUAUCUGAGUCCCGCGGCCGAGGUGUGUUACUGGCGGGCUCUUACCAGGGCCUGGAGCCGGGUUGUGCGCGUUGAUGAUAAUGAUGUUGGCCGGAAGAGUGCUGACGCGGUGAGCUUUGAGGAGUUUAUUGUGCGGGUUGAGAAGGCGAAGAAGAGAGGUCAUUGA